AUGUCCCUCACCCUCCAAUCCCUCCAGUUGCACACACAAACACCGCAAGACGCACCUCCAAUGCUCGCAACUCUUAACCUACUCUACCCCUCCUCUUCGACCUCGCUCGCAUCAAGUUUCUCUCCCGAGACUCUCACCCUCCAUCCUCCAGCUUCACUUCCUCCUCCAGCUGCCGCUACUCAGCUUCGAGGGCUCGUACUCGCCGCACAGAAAGUAGCAUCCCAAGCGAUCAUAGGCAGCGUUCUAGCCGGAGGAGGAAGCGAAUCAGAUGAGUACGGCGAUAUAGGCCUCUGGAUUCCCAGCCCCGAUUCCACUACGCUCGGAGCUCAGGAAAUAGGGCAAGAGUUAGUCAAGCAGCUCCAGCUGACCGUCUGGUCUGGAGCGGAGCUCACUCCCCGUCCUCCUUCACUUCCCCUGCCUUGGGAAACUAUCCCCGCUCCCGUGUCCAAGCCCUUGUUGGAAGGGCUUGCACAGUUGCAAGAGCCUGUAUCCUUCACUCUGCAGCUUGAUGGUGCAGAGGGAGACACGCCGGUGGUCUUGUUGGGAAAGAUGGAGGGCGGAUGGGGUGGUUUAAUCGCAGCCGGGGUUUGGUCCUAGUUGCUCGUGGUGGAUAAGAAGGAAGAGGGAUGUAUGCUGUAAUAAUACAAA